AUGCGGUGCGCGAACAAGGCCGCUGAGAGCGCGUCUGCACGUCUCUGCGCGUUUGCCGAAGCAAAUGUGUUAUCGGCUGCUAAAGCGUCUCAGUCUGUAUCAUCUGGUGAUGCAGACGCUCGUCAUGAAGUCACUCAUGUCUUCACAGAGUAUGAGCUCAAUGUCUCAGACUCUCCUGAUACGGAAGACGGAUCCGUAUCGAAGGCGAUCGAAACCAAGCCUCCUGCCAAGCGUGUCAUGGAUGAUGCUAUGCGUCGUAGCAUCUUUGGUUCUUCUGACGAAUCAGACGAACCAUCGCCAAAGCGAAGGCGCUCGAGAUCGCAAGACUCGGGCGCUCACAGUGGUGUCGGUUCUCCUACUGACACCGCUUCGCAACGAGGUGCAAGUACUUCUGUCGGCACAUCGCAGGAAGAGCGGGACCGCAGCGUGUUGCGUCUCGCUCCCGCGAAGAAGGCAUGGAUGCCUCCAAAGUCAGUCAUGGAUCGCUUGUCGGCGACGACAAGUGAUCACUAUCGAACACGAUUGUCCGAUUCAUCAAGGCUCCAUCACCUUGACCCCAGUGCGAAAAACUAUCGCGCUAUGCAUGAAUUUUUCAUCGAUGCUUUCCUUAAAAAUCGAUAG